GGUACAGGGUCCGCUGCCAGUCGGCUUUCGCCCCAGGACUGGCCAUGGUGUUGCGUGGCAUCAGGGUGUUGGAGCUGGCGGGCCUGGCCCCGGGGCCGUUCUGCGGGAUGGUCCUGGCCGACUUCGGGGCUCAGGUGGUGCGUGUCGACCGGCCGGGCUCCGCGGGCGACGUGAGCCUCCUGGCCCGGGGCAAGCGCUCGCUGGUGCUGGACCUGAAGCGGCCGCGUGGAGCCGCGGCGCUGCGGCGCAUUUGCGCACGCGUGGACGUGCUGCUGGAGCCCUUCCGCUGCGGUGUCAUGGAAAAACUCCAGCUUGGGCCAGAAACUCUACUGAAGGACAAUCCAAAGCUUGUCUAUGCCAGGCUGAGUGGAUUCGGCCAGUCGGGAAGUUUCUCCAAGGCAGCUGGCCAUGACAUCAACUAUGUGGCUUUGUCAGGUGUUCUGUCAAAGAUUGGCGCAAGUGGCGAGAACCCGUACCCCCCGCUGAAUCUCCUGGCUGACUUUGGUGGUGGUGGCCUAAUGUGCACUUUAGGCAUUGUGCUUGCUCUCUUUGAACGUACCCGUUCUGGCCAAGGUCAGGUCAUUGAUGCGAACAUGGUGGAAGGAACGGCAUACUUAAGUUCUUUCCUGUGGAAGACUCAGCACAUGGGGCUGUGGGAUCAGCCUCGAGGACAAAACCUGUUAGAUGGAGGGUCACCUUUCUAUACAACCUACAAGACAGCAGACGGGGAGUUCAUGGCUGUUGGCGCAAUAGAACCCCAGUUCUAUAAGCUGCUGGUUGAAGGACUUGGACUCAAGUCUGAUGAACUCCCCACCCAGAUGAGCAUAGCUGAUUGGCCGGAAAUGAAGAAGAAAUUUGCAGAUGUGUUUGCAAGGAAGACCAAGGCAGAGUGGUGCCGGAUCUUUGAUGGGACAGAUGCAUGUGUGACCCCAGUGCUGAGCAUUGAGGAAGCCCUCCACCACAGUCACAACAGGGAACGGGCCUCAUUUAUCACUGAUGAGGAGCAGCGUGCAAGCCCCCGUCCUGCACCUCAGCUGUCCAGAACCCCAGCCAUCCCUUCUCUGAAAAGGCAUGCUUUUGUAGGAGAGCACACUGAAGAGGUUCUUAAAGAAUUUGGGUUCAGUCAAGAAGAGAUCCAUCAGCUGCGCUCAGAGAAAAUUAUUGAGAGUAGUAAGCCGAAGGCCAACCUCUGACUCUCACAGCUCAAGGGAAGCUGAAGGCUGCAUUUACACAGGAGAAUGACACCCACAAUGAUAUGUGUGGAAGUGUAGAUGAGCAGUAACGAUGUGAACCAAGCAUUCUAAUCAAGACACAACCAAAGACUGAUUACAGAGUAAUGAUUGCCUUCUGAAACCGCUUUUCAGAGCCUCUGAUUGAGGAAUAUUUUUGUGUGUGCACUGAUAUUAACUUGUCACAGUCUUUCUGCCUUUCAGUUCACUUGAUAACAUGUAUUCAUUGAUAUUAAAGCCCAUAUAUAAAUACAGUGAUGAUAUAUUUUAAAUAAAGUAAUAUAAUUUUAAUAAAUAAAGCUUUUUUUCCUUGUC